AUGCAGUCCAUGCAUAUGCAGAUGCCCCAGCAGGGUCCAUAUCCACCUCAACAACAACAAGCAUUCCACUACGCCCAGUUGCCCCAACCUUAUCAACAACAACAACAACAACAUCAACAAUACCCACCCAUCUCUCGUACCACAACCGCACAGACCAGCAACAGCAAUACUUCUCCACCUCCUCAAUCCAAAGAGAGACGCUUUCGACGCUGGUCACUUGCAGGCCGGCUCUUUGACAAACGAAAGAGUGUCGUCCAGCCCUUCAACAGUAUACCUAGUACAUCAUCUUCUACCUCCAACAACCAGCAACAACUGCCAUUGGCCGUCAACACUACAUAUGGCAACAGUGACGGGCCUUAUCCUGACGAGCGGAGACUGUCGCCUGUCGGGUCUGCAGGAAGCGGAAGCAGUAGCGGAAGUGAGAGUGGUCAUAGCGGUGGCAGUGGCAGUGGUGGUGGCAGUGGAGGUGGUGGUCAUCGGCGGUCCAAUCUGGUGGUCAUCCCUAGGGCCCUGUUUUCUUCCCUCCGUCGGGGAUCUCACUCCUCUUCAUCCGAGACCAUCAACAAUAACAAGGUGUCCGUCUUCGCAUUUACACAGCAGCAGCAGCAGCAGCAGCAACAGCGGGCAGAGGAGAGGAUCGGCAGUCCACCUUCGAGCUUCGAAGGUGAUGACAACGAUUCCACUGCCCCCGACGGUGAUGGAAAUGAUCAGGAGUAUGGUCGACAGGAGAAUGGAUCCCAGGAUCAGCAGCCAGCUUCGGCCACCAUCCUGACCGCCAACGGUUUGAUGCAAGCCGACAUGGCUGUCCUCAAGGCUGCUCCACCAUCCUGCGCGACUAUGAUGACAAAACAUCUCCCUCAUGCUCAUGUCAAGGGUAUCCUCAAGAAAAGAUCGCCUCCAAGCCCUACCGCGCAGCAACAGCAGCCAUACACACAGAUGCAACCCAACAUCAUCAAUAGGAGCAGCAGUUAUGAAAUUCACCCUAUGGCGGGCAACUGCGGACAGAUGGGCGGUUUGCUCCUUGCGACAGAUCAUCGUGCUCGUCUCGAGACCAGUUCUCCUGUUCACUCGCAUCCUCAACUGAUGCAGUCUCCGCAGCAACAGCAACAGCAGCAGCAGCAGCAACAACAACAGCAGAUAUCGACCAAAACGCUCUCUUCAGGGUGGACACCGGCACCCGGAGAUAUCCAGCCCCUUCAGUAUCCAACCACACAGGCCCACUACGCCGGAUACGGCUCAUAUGGCGAGAAGAAUGUCGGUAACACUAUCGGAACCACUGGCAUACCUCCGAAGCUCGGGUCAACUGUCGAAGUGGACGAGCAUUACAUGCCACAGGGUGAUGGUAGCGGUGGCGGAGCAGCCUUCCCCCCAGAUCCCACGCCCGGGAUGCAGUCGAAUGUCUACCAGGACCGUGGCGGUGAGCGCCCUCAAGGACAGGUGUUGGACUAUCGGAUGAUGGAGAUGGACCCUUCCUUCCCCCUCCCAGUUGCUACUCUUCCUCCUCCUCCAGUCGCUGUCGCAGCUUCUGCAGCCCAUGGCUACCAGUAUCAUCCAUCGCGCUCUCGAGCACAGGAUCAGUACUACUAUGGUGGCGCAGGUGACGCAUACGUCGGGUAUGACCAGGACUCUUCCCUGAUGGACGGACCCCAGCAACCAAUGACGACCAUGACGUGCGAGCGAGAUGGCGAGCUCGGCCACACCAGCAACGGAGGAGGAGAAAGCUAUUACGGGAGCAUGCGCAGAGGCAGUGGGACCAGCGAAAGCACGAUGGGGAUCCUGAGCGGCAACGAGAUCAGCCACCACCGGCCGCGAACCAUCGGGUUCACAGACACGAUCGAGAUCAUCCCGGUGUACCGCAAGUCUGAAUACAACCGUCAGUCGGACAAGUAUGCGACCUUCAAGAACCUGACCUCGGACCUCAAGAGUGAGAUUAGAGAAGAAUUGAAUAGUUACAAGAUGCGCGAGAUGGCUGUCCAUGUCGAGAGUAUGGGCAACACUGCCUUCCAUUGA